UCCCGUAGUUACACCAUGCUCUCUUUUCACCUAAUCAGCGACCUGACUCCCCAGACCAAGCUACCGAUCAGCAGCUAAGUCUUCUUUGCCCCUCCACUCACCGCCACGAAAGGAGCGACUGAAGGCAGGCAGCACCUCGCGGAGUUAAACUCCAUAACCAGGGAAACACUACUUCCGCUGACGUCAUUACGGCGACACGUGGAUCCAAGAUGGCGGCUGUGAUGGAUUGGUUGCCGUGGUCCCUGCUGCUUCUCUCUCUGACGUGUGAUACCGGGGCCUUCUAUGUUCCUGGGGUCGCACCAAUCAACUUCCACCAGAACGACCCUGUAGAAAUCAAGGCUGUGAAGCUCACCAGCUCUCGCACCCAGCUGCCUUAUGAAUACUACUCACUGCCCUUCUGCCAGCCCAGCAAAAUAACCUACAAGGCAGAGAAUCUGGGAGAGGUGCUGAGAGGGGACCGGAUUGUCAACACCCCUUUCCAGGUUCUCAUGAACAGCGAAAAGAAGUGUGAGGUUCUGUGCAGCCAGUCCAACAAGCCGGUGACCCUGACCGUGGAACAGAGCCGGCUCGUGGCCGAGCGGAUCUCAGAGGACUACUACGUCCACCUCAUUGCAGACAACCUGCCCGUGGCCACCCGGCUGGAACUCUACUCCAGCCGUGACGGCGAUGACAAGAAGAAGGAGAAAGACGUGCAGUUUGAACACGGCUACCGGCUCGGCUUCACGGAUGUCAACAAGAUCUACCUGCACAAUCACCUCUCGUUCAUCCUUUACUACCACCGGGAGGACCUGGAAGAGGACCAGGAGCACACAUACCGCGUCGUCCGCUUCGAGGUGAUUCCCCAGAGCAUCAGGCUGGAGGACCUCAAAACAGACGAGAAGAGCUCAUGCACCCUGCCUGAGGGUACCAACUCCUCGCCCCAAGAAAUUGACCCCACCAAGGAGAAUCAGCUGUACUUCACCUACUCUGUGCACUGGGAGGAGAGUGACAUCAAAUGGGCCUCUCGCUGGGACACUUACCUGACCAUGAGUGAUGUACAGAUCCACUGGUUUUCUAUCAUAAACUCCGUCGUGGUGGUCUUCUUCCUGUCAGGCAUCCUGAGUAUGAUUAUCAUUCGGACCCUCCGGAAGGACAUCGCCAACUAUAAUAAGGAGGAUGACAUUGAAGACACGAUGGAAGAGUCCGGGUGGAAGCUGGUGCACGGCGACGUCUUCAGGCCCCCCCAGUACCCCAUGAUCCUCAGCUCCCUGCUGGGCUCAGGCAUUCAGCUCUUCUGUAUGAUCCUCAUCGUCAUCUUUGUGGCCAUGCUUGGGAUGCUGUCGCCCUCCAGCCGGGGAGCGCUCAUGACCACGGCCUGCUUCCUCUUCAUGUUCAUGGGGGUGUUUGGUGGAUUUUCUGCCGGCCGUCUGUACCGCACUCUAAAAGGCCAUCGGUGGAAGAAAGGAGCCUUCUGUACGGCGACAUUGUACCCUGGCGUGGUUUUUGGCAUCUGCUUCAUAUUGAAUUGCUUCAUCUGGGGAAAGCACUCAUCAGGGGCGGUGCCCUUCCCCACCAUGGUGGCCCUGCUAUGCAUGUGGUUCGGGAUCUCCCUGCCCCUUGUCUACCUGGGUUACUACUUCGGCUUCCGCAAGCAGCCAUAUGACAACCCUGUGCGCACCAACCAGAUUCCCCGGCAGAUCCCUGAGCAGCGGUGGUACAUGAACCGAUUUGUGGGCAUUCUCAUGGCUGGGAUCCUGCCCUUUGGCGCCAUGUUCAUCGAGCUUUUCUUCAUCUUCAGUGCAAUCUGGGAGAAUCAGUUCUAUUACCUUUUCGGCUUCCUGUUCCUCGUCUUCAUCAUCCUCGUGGUGUCCUGUUCACAAAUCAGCAUCGUCAUGGUAUACUUCCAGCUGUGUGCAGAGGAUUACCGCUGGUGGUGGAGGAAUUUCCUAGUCUCCGGGGGAUCUGCAUUCUAUGUCCUGGUCUAUGCCAUCUUUUAUUUUGUUAACAAGCUGGACAUCGUCGAGUUCAUUCCCUCUCUCCUCUACUUUGGCUACACGGCCCUCAUGGUCCUGUCCUUCUGGCUUCUCACGGGCACCAUCGGCUUCUAUGCAGCCUACAUGUUUGUCCGCAAGAUCUACGCUGCUGUGAAGAUAGACUGAUGGGGGUGGACCGUGGCCUGGCCCACUCCAUCCACGGACAGGAAGCCACCCCGCGUGGGGAACUGCAGGCACGUAAAAUAAAAUAACUCCUGCUCGUUUGGAAUGUAA